AUGCUCUCCGUCAGAACAUUCGCGCGGUCGGCCCCGCGGGCCAUCAGCCGCAUGACCGCCUCUACGCUGCGCGCCUCGGCCGCCCGCCCCGUCGCCCUCUCCAGAGCCUCGCCCGCUUUCGUCGGCGCCCUGCGACCGUCGCGCGCGGCCUUCUCCUCGACCGCCGGCCGGAGGGCCGCCGACGGCGAGACCGACGAUGAGCUGUCGGCGAAGCUCGAGAGCGAGAUCCAGAUCGAGGAGGACAUGAAGGCCAACGAGCAGCAGCCCGCGAGCGUCAAGGACUUCCUGGACAACAGCCCCUUUGAGCUCAUCGACACGGCCGGCCAGGAGGUCGUCAAGCUGACCCGCUCCUUUGGCGACGAGAAGAUCACCGUGAGCUUCUCCAUCGCCGACAUCACCAACUACGACCCCUACUCGGAGGACCCCGCCCUCGAGGACGAGGAUCUCGCCGGCGACGACGCCGCGCUGCAGGGCUCCGGCAAGCAGGGCAACAGCGCGUCGGCGCGCCCCGAGGAGCAGCUCGAGGAGGACCUCGACGAGGACCUCGACGAGGAGACGGCCGCGCCCAUCAACCUGUCCAUCGUCAUCGAGAAGCCCGGCAAGACGGCCGGCGCGCUCAACAUCGACGCCACCGCGCAGGACGGCAACAUUGUCGUCGAGAACAUGUUCUUCUACGAGGACGCCAAGGUCGCCAAGGUCGAGUCCCCCGAGGCCGCCCAGCGCCGCGCCGACGUCUACCCCGGCCCGCCGUUCGGCUCCCUCGAUGAGGACCUGCAGGUGCUCAUGGAGCGCUUCCUCGAGGAGCGCGGCAUCACCCAGGCCAUGGCCGUCUUUGUGCCCGACUACGUCGACGUCAAGGAGCAGCGCGAGUACCUCCGGUGGCUGAGCAACGUCAAGGGCUUUGUCGAUGCCUAA